UAACUGAGAGGUGGCCGCCAUCUUGCGUACGGAGGUGCGGCUCACUGCCUCACGUCCGGAUUCCUGGUGGUUGAGUCGGUCCUUCUGUCUGCUUUGUGGCGAAAGUCUUAUCGUGUUGGUAUUUUUUUCUCUCAUCGAAAGAGGUUUGUGUUUUUAUAGGCGAGGUCAAGGCCCAUGCAGAGCUGUGGCGUAAGAUGCCUUAUGCUAAAAUUGAAACUAAGUUCUCUGGACCUGGAGAAGAACUAACAAGUGAACCAUCCUAUAAAAAAUUGAAGUCAACUACAGAGGCUUGUGUUUUCCCUCAUCAUGAUAGUGCUGAUUUUCACAAAAUUCAACAGAAAACUGGAAAUAAUUGGGUCCCUGUGGCCGUAAUUGAUGUCAGAAGACAUAGUUAUCCUGAGGAAGACAAAACCCAAACUACAGAUUUGCUGAAACCUGUGCAUGAUGAGACACCUGGUAAUAAACUAGAUGUUAUUGAAUCCACUGGUUCACAAGUUUUACAAAGUGGAAACCCUCCAUUAGUAUCCACAGAUGAUGAGAUAUAUAGCACAAGUAAAGCAUUCAUAGGACCCAUUUACAAACCCCCAGAGAAAAAGAAGUUCAAGGAAAGAAAUCAGACUAACACUCUCAGUGGUAUAAAUGGCAAAGGAACAAGAGAGGAAAAACAGAAGUUCAACGCCAAAAAGCCAGAGAUUGACACUGAAUUAUCCCAGUUUUACAAAGAAAUUGAAGAGCUUGAAAAUGAAAAAGAUGAUUCAGAAGAAAGUAUUUGUAAGGAACUUGAAUCUUCUCAGGAACAAGUUAUUCCAUGUUACCAGCGCUAUAGUACUGAUAUCUUAAAAUCUGAUGACAUUAAAGAGCUCUGUACUACUUUUCAGGCACAAUGUGAUUAUCAACAGUACUUAGAGAAUGAGCUAGGCCACUAUUCUUAUGAUGAACAAGAAAUACCUACAUUUUGUGAUAUUUCAUUUACUUCCUUCAGGCCUGAGUGGCAGUCAAUGCAUCCUUUUAUAGUACCACAUGGUCCUCCUCUUCCUAGUUUUAAUUACCAUUUAAAUAUUCCAAGAUUCAGUACUUCACCAAAUCUACCACCAAAUAUUUUCCCUGCUCAGGAUAACUCCCUGAUGCGAAGUGGGUAUUAUGAAGAUAGUUGUCAUGAUAACUGGGAUUGUUUGACAUUUGAUCAGAGCAAUGAAUAUACUGUUACUGAAAAUGGUAGUAAUGUUCAUCCCUCUAGAAAUGGCUACAGUGUGCAAGAUGGAUAUAUGAGACAUGAUUUCUAUGAAAUCAGACAAGGAUUUUGGAAGGACUCUAUUGACAAGUAUAGUGAAACACAUAGAUUUGUGAACCAGCAGUUUCAAGAGGAAAAGUUAAAUAAAUUGCAGAAGUUACUUAUUCUUUUGAGAGGUCUGCCUGGUUCUGGGAAAACAACAUUGUCUCGAAUUCUACUUGGUCAGAGCCGUGAUGGCAUUGUAUUCAGCACUGAUGACUAUUUUCACCAUCAAGAUGGGUACAGGUAUAAUGUUAAUCAACUUGGUGAUGCCCAUGACUGGAACCAGAACAGAGCAAAACAAGCUAUUGAUCAGGGAAGAUCUCCAGUUAUAAUAGACAACACUAAUACACAAGCUUGGGAAAUGAAACCAUAUGUGGAAAUGGCCAUAGGAAAAGGAUACAGAGUAGAGUUUCAUGAACCUGAAACUUGGUGGAAAUUUGAUCCUGAAGAAUUAGAAAAGAGGAAUAAACAUGGUGUUUCUCGAAAGAAGAUUGCUCAGAUGCUGGAUCGUUAUGAAUAUCAAAUGUCCAUCUCUAUUGUAAUGAACUCAGUGGAACCAACACAGAAAAGCACACAAAGACUCACCCCUCCACAGGGGAGUCAGAGAGAAGGAAUUUUGAGGAAAACUGGGUUCCGACUCAGCAAAGCCAAACAGAAAAGAAACAGAAAACGAAACAAAAAAUCUAACAGUCUUUGUGAAAUCGCAGAUGAAAACUCACUUGAAACUUGUAGUUAUCUUACAACAGAAGCUCAGUACCCAUUUCAGAAUGAAGAAGAUAUUAAAGAGAACAAAACAGUAGCAGAAUGUCUUUUUAUUAGUGGCCGACAAAAUGCAUGUAGAGAACUGAAUGGCUGUAAAGAAAAAAAUCUUGAAGAUAGUUUUGAAAGUGUUGUAUCUACAGUUGAACUGUAUAACACGCCAAAGAACUUCUCCAAGGGAGAUGAUGAAUUAAUUCUAAUUUCUUCAUCAAUGUCAAACAAAAGCUCUGGUACUUGGCCCAUAGGGACUCAAAAUCUUCCUUGUGUAACAAAGGAUGACUGCUCUGGCAUAAAGGUAGAAAAACACAAGGACAAUAGGUUUACCAUGGCAUUAAACAUGAAGAACUCAUUUGCUAGUACUCCAUGUCCAUUUCUCCAGAAGAUAGAAGUAGACCAAAGACUACUAAAUGAACCAAUUGAGCACUAUCAACAUGGAUCCAGAGCUUCAGAGAACAUUUUAAGAGAGGAACAAGGAGUACAUGCAAGUAAAAAUAAUUAUUGGGCUUUUCUCACAAACAAUUUGUCUGAUGAGGAAUUACAGCUAGGCUCUGAUAGACAACCUUAUUUUGAUAGCUGGCCUGAGGGACCUCAUAAAUUUGUGUGUGAACAGAGACCAAAGAAAGAUAGAUCACAUAAACUGGCCUGUCCUGACAGCAAGGAGCAAUUGAUUAAAUUGAUCUCCACUUCUGAAGGCAUAUCAGAACCAGGAAGCAGACAAGAAAUAUUGAUAGAUGUGAAGUUACUGGUAGAAGAUGAAGAUUUGUCACCUAUCACAGAAACUAUAGCUCCAUUCAGAGACACAGAAACAAAUAACUUCAGAAGCUGUUUACCUCAACUAGAUAACCCAAAGAGUGCCUCAGUGAAUGAAAAAAGGUGGAGAAAGAUUUUUAAUUUGGUACCAAACUUUAGUUUACUGGGACAGAGUCUUACCAAUACAAAAGAAAAGGAGAAACAUAGCCUGUUAACAGAAAGCCAUGCACUGAACAAUAUUUUGGGAGAAGAAAAAGACAAAAAUUCAGAAGUAAAUAACAAAGAGGAGAAAAAACAAAAACUCAUGACAUGUAAUGAUAAAAAAACAUCAUUGUUUCAUUUUGAUAUUUUCAAAGACUCACCUCUAAAUAUUGGUGGAAAAUUUUAUUUUCCUUACCUGUCAUUUAAUAGACUAGGACAUGCUAUGUAUCUUUAUAAAAAUCCUCUUCCUUCUUUUGUGCUACAUUAUAUAUCUAGCUUUUGGAUGAUACCUUUUACCAGCAAAAAAACAUUUUUGACUUUCAAAUCUCAGACAAGAGUAAGAAAUACACUAACAGAUGUAGACUUUAUUUUUUCAGAAAUUUUAUGUAGCCAACCUGAUACUUUGUGCUCUUUGAGGAUUACUUCUGAUACUCAGGUUUUAAAUGAAAGAUCUGGUGAAAAACUAAAGAAAUUGAAAGACUCUAAGUCACUACAGUGUUUACCAACUGAGAAUCACCAUGAUUUAAGACUGGAUUCUUUUUGGCUGCCCUUACCACAAAGGUUUGCUUUCCAAUUGGUAAAGCUUUUUGGACCUCCUGGAAUUCCACUGGAAUCCUUAUUGCCUGAUGACUAUGUGAUUCCCCUUGACUGGAAAACACUGAAAAUGAUCUACUUGCAGUGGAAGAUAACAGUAGAGAAAAGACAAAAGAAGAUUGGUUAAAAAUGAAAAUUUCCUGAACACUUUCGCUGGUUUCCACCUCAUUGCUGAAGAUCCUGAUUAUGGAGAAAAGUCUGCAAGUCACAGCUGACCUGAGGAACACACCCAUUGGACACCAAAACUGGCUUGGAUGUUCUUGAUAAGUUAUCUGAAUAAUAAUUU